UUCUUUUUGACAAUUAUUGUAUUGAAAACCUUUCAUGUUUUUCUUCGCACUUCGAUUUUUCCUCAAGUUGCAAUUAUAGAAAUAAUUUCUGUAUUAUUUAAUUAGUAUUUCUUAUUCGUGAUUAAGUUAAACCACAGGUCCAAGACAAAAAAAUAACAUGGCUGAUAAUCAAGACAUGUCUAUGACUAAUAAUGAGGCUGAUGAGGUACCAAAACGUGCUUCGCUUGCUAUAAAUGAAGGGAACGAUAAAGAACAGAGUGACACUCCGCCACAGCCUGCGACGCCGCCAGUACAAGAGGACACACAAGAACUAAUAGUGGUCAAUGAGCAUACCCAGGAACUUGACUUAAACCACGGCAGGAUCGGAAAGAUUGAGAAUCUGGAGCCUUUAGAACGACUAGAGAGAUUGUACUUGAGAUGGAAUCUCAUAAAGAAAAUAGAGGGUCUAAGUACAUUGAGUACAUUGGUUGAGUUGGAACUGUAUGAUAACCAGAUUCAGAUAAUAGAGAACUUGGACAGCCUUGUCAAUCUGGAAAUACUAGAUUUAUCCUUUAACAGAAUCAAGCAGAUCACAGGUCUGGAAAAUCUGUUGAAUUUAACAAAAUUGUAUCUGAGCUCGAAUAAGAUUGCAGAGAUCAAGAAUGUUAAUCACUUGCCCAAACUGGAAGUGCUUGAGUUAGGAGAUAACCGCAUAAGGGAAAUAAAGAAUUUGGAAGGCUUAAAGAGUCUCAAACAGCUGUAUCUAGGGAAAAAUAAAAUAACAAAAAUACAGAAUUUGGAUGACUUGGUGAACCUGGAAAUUCUUGUAUUACAAUGCAACAGAUUGACAAAAAUUGAGAAUCUCAGCCAACUUGUUAACUUGGAACAGCUUUAUGUAUCUGAGAAUGGACUGACUACUUUAGAAAAUAUGGAGAAGCUGCUCAAACUUCAGACACUGGACUUGGCUAUGAACAAGAUUUCAAUCAUUAGAAAUAUCAGACACAUGAGUUGUCUGGAAGAGUUAUGGCUGAAUGAUAACCAAGUGUCGGAAUGGGGAUCUGUAGAAUAUCUUGUGGAGAACAAAAAAUUGGUAACUGUAUACUUGGAGAAGAAUCCGAUAGCGUCCGACGUGGCGUACCGGCGGAAACUUAAGUUAUUGCUACCAUCGCUGCAGCAGAUCGACGCAACUUUGUGUAGAUAAGAUAUUUGUAUAUUGUAAUAUAUUCAUAGUACAUUAGUCCUUAUUGGCCAUUAAUAAAUUACGUCACAUGAAUUUCAUGACUUUUUGACUCUGUCCUUGUCUCUAGUUCGUUUCUAGUCAUAAUUGUGAGACUAACCACAACUAUAAUAGUAGAUCAAUUGGAAAUAUUUUAAAAUUUAUUAAUAGUAUUAGAUUUUUGUUUAUAAUAUUUAGAUAUAUUAGAUUUUGAUAUGAGACA